AUGCAUAUUCCUCUUGUCUUGGAGCUCCUGGGCGGUCUCCUGAUCGCCAAGGCGGCUGCCCAAAAUACCUCCGAGCUUAACUCUACCCAAGAGCUCCUUGAUCCGUUGCCUUAUUACUACCCGAAUGAAGAUGCCGCUCCUCAAGCACUCUUCCCCAUGCCGCUCUGUCAAGGUGUCCAACUGGAGGAAGCCACCAUCGACCAGCUUCAGGAUGCUAUGGAGCAUGGCAAUCUCACAGCUUACGAUAUUGUCACAUGCUAUUUCAAACGGUAUAACCAGGUCAACGGAUACGUCAAUGGAAUUCUCCAAUGGAACCCGGAUGCUUUCACGAUAGCAGCGGAACUCGACGCUGAACGUGCAGCUGGCCGGGUUAGGAGCCGACUACACGGAAUCCCGUUCCUCGUUAAAGAUAAUAUCGCCACAAAGGAUCAAAUGGACACCACAGCUGGGUCCUGGGCUCUAGUCGGCAGUAUCGUGCCUCGAGACGCUCACGUGGUAGCUAAAGCGAGAAAUGCUGGUGCGCUGUUACUGGGGCACGCUACAUUGAGCGAAUGGGCAGAUAUGAGAUCGACCAACUACUCUGAAGGAUUCAGCGCCAGAGGUGGCCAGGCUCGCAGCCCCUAUAACCUGACCGGUAACCCCGGUGGAAGCAGUUCGGGCUCUGCAGUAGCCGUUGCUGCCAACCAGGCCAUGUUUGCCCUUGGCACGGAAACCGACGGCUCCGUCAUUGACCCGGCUCAGCGUCAAAAUGUCUGUGGCAUCAAGCCUACCACGGGACUUACCUCUCGUGCUGGCGUCAUCCCCGAUACCUUACACCAGGAUACGAUAGGAACAUUCGGCCGGACCUGCCGUGACGCUGCAUACGCACUCGAUGCUAUUGCUGGCCCCGACCCACGCGACAACUAUACCCUCGCACAGAUCGGCAACACACCAGAGGGCGGCUAUGCGCAAUUCCUUACCGACAAAUCGGCAUUGAAGGGUGCCGUUUUCGGUCUACCAUGGGAGACUUUCUGGUCCUUAAAUGACCCUGAGCAGAACUCGCAUCUAAUGGAGUUACUGGAUCUGAUCCAGAGUGCGGGUGCCACGAUUAUCAACGGAACCGAGCUACCAAAUGCCGACAUCCUCAUUAGCCGGAAAGGUUUCGACGGCGAUUAUGGCACUACUCGCGGCUAUCCCAACGAGAGUGAAUACACUGUGCUCAAGGUCGAUUUCUACAACAACAUUGCUACAUACCUCUCCGAGCUCGAAAACACCAACAUCCGCAGCCUUGAGGAUAUCGUCCAGUCCAACCUCGACAACCUCGGGUCUGAAGGUGGCCUACCGGGGAUCCAUCCCGCAUUCUACUCUGGUCAAGAUGGGCUCCUAAACUCGCUCGAGACCAAGGGUGUCAUGGACGAAACCUACUGGCAAGCCGUGUGGUUCUGUAAAACCGUGACGGCCGAGUCCCUCGACGCCGCCCUCAACCCCUUUAUCAACGGCUCGCACGUCAAACUGGAUGCUCUUCUCGUCCCGCCGGACCUAGGCCAGAGCUACCAAGUCUCCGCCCAAGCUGGCUAUCCCGUGAUCACCGUUCCAGCCGGCAUUGGCGGGCCUAGUGCCAUGCCGUUCGGACUGGCGUUGCUAGGCACCAAAUGGGGUGAAGGCCCGCUCAUCCACUGGGCCAGUGCUAUUGAGGAUCUCCAGCUCAGCACCGACACGCCUUGGAAGAGGACGAAACCAGCUUGGGGCGAUUAUAUGUAUAGGAAGCUCCCUGUCAUCAGGCCUUGA